UCGAUUCGACAUGGCCGCCAGAAAUGCUUGUAAAACUUUUUGAGAUAAAAAAAGUCAAAAACUUGAAAAUAAAUUGGCAAAAACCCCUUAAAAUAUUUCAAAAGACUAUGUCGUCCUUCAAGAGUAAAGUCUUAAGAAGCAUAUUUCGUCAUGGUAUCGCUCUCGUUGGCUGUACUAGUGCAUUAUUUUGUGGGUAUUUCACCGUCAAAGGAGAUGAACAGUUUUAUAGAAAUGUUAUAAUGCCUGUCAUCAAGUUACUGGAUGCUGAAAGAGCUCAUCUUUUGGCUGUAAAAAUGGCGUCCUAUGGAUUAGUGCCUAGUGAUAGAGAUGAAGACCCUGAAAUAUUGAACACCAAGGUAUUUGGGCUACAGUUUUCCAAUCCUGUAGGGUUAGCUGCUGGUUUUGACAAACAGGGUGAGGCUGUUUCUGGACUGGUGAAAAUGGGUUUUGGCUUUGUGGAAAUCGGUAGUAUUACCCCAGAGCCUCAACCUGGUAAUCAGAAACCAAGAGUCUUUAGGUUAAAUGAGGAUAAAGCCAUCAUAAAUAGGUAUGGAUUUAACAGUCAAGGUCAUGAAAUAGUAAAACAAAACCUGCACCGACACAGGGUGAAACUCAACCAAGGAAUCUUAGGCAUCAACCUGGGAAAGAAUAAAACUUCAGAGGAUGCAGUGUUAGAUUACACUAAAGGUGUAGAAGUCUUUGGUCCCAUGGCUGACUAUCUUGUGAUAAAUGUUUCAUCUCCAAAUACUCCUGGACUUAGAGCUAUGCAAGGCAGAGAAAUGCUGGCUGCUUUAAUAGAUAAGGUUCUUGAAGCUCGCAGUUCAUUACCACCAUCCAAUCAGCCACCACUGUUGGUCAAGAUAGCACCAGAUCUCACACAACAAGAUAAAGAGGAUAUAGCUGCUGUAGUCACCAGACCUAAUCAUCAUAUCGAUGGUAUUAUUGUGUCUAAUACCACUAUAUCAAGGCCACCAAGUCUACAAAGUGCAAAUAAGAAAGAAACAGGAGGACUAAGUGGUGAACCACUCCGGACAAUGUCCACUGAAUUAGUCAGAGAUAUGUACACAUUAACAAAAGGAACAAUUCCAAUUAUUGGAGUGGGUGGAAUCUCAUCUGGCCAAGAUGCUUAUGACAAAAUAAAAGCUGGUGCAUCAUUGGUGCAGCUGUAUACAGCCCUUACUUAUCAUGGCCCUCCUCUAGUCAAGAGAUUAAAGAAAGAGCUUGCAGACCUUCUCAGGAAAGAUGGUUUCAAUUCUGUUAGUGAAGCAGUUGGAGUGGAUCACAAAGAUCAUAAACCAAGUGUUUGAAUGCCGUUAUCAAGUACUAAGAUGUAUGUGCCAAAUCUUCUGACCAAGACUCAGCCUUGCAUAAAU